AUGGCCCACAAGCGGCACUGGGGACUCACAAUGGUCACAAUGCGCAUGCUCUUCUGGUGCAUUUUGACGCUGCUACGCGCCGAAGGGCAUGAGGAAGGGGAGGGCGAAAGGCGUGCUGGAGAUUUCGUAGGAACACACAACGAGAACGAUGGCCUGCAAGAUGGGCGCCAUGAUCGAUUUCCUUGCACGAAGGAGCCCCAGGUAAUACCUUGGGACAAUGCCCAUGUCUUCAAGAUCAAUCAUGAGCCCUUCACAGAUGAGAAGAAGGUCUUCGUGAGGAAAGGUGAGGUCCCUCCACUGACACAGGUCAGUGUGGCAGAUUUCAAGGAUGGCGGCUACUUUGAGGCCCAUGACCACGAAGACAUGUUCGAGAUCUUUUACGUUCUUAACGGGAGCGGGAAAUUUGCCAUCACCGAACGUGGCAUUGACGGAGAGUCGUGGCGCCGCGAAGAAAUCAAAGCAGAAGCCCGGCAGUCAACAGAUUCAGCAUCAUACACAUAG